AUACGGUGUUUCCCGAGAAAAAGAUUUCACAAAAACAUGAUCGAAAUGUUGGUUUUAACUAUAUUUAUUUAAUUUUCAUUGUAACAAUGCCUCAAUCUUCCGAAAAGUAAGUAUUCUAAUUAUUUAACUUAUUUAUAUUUCUAUGGAAUUUUCGAAAACUUAAAGUCUUUGUUAAUUUUGCUUAUCUUUGUUUUAUUGUUUACCACAAGAUAGUAAUCGUCUGUUCGCAGCGUUGUAUCAUGUUUCCGCUGUCUUUGGCUCCUGUCCGUCCUUUUAUUUGUAAACAAGUCUUCUCCAUUAUGAUAGAACUAUCAAUUUAUAUGUAUUUGAAAAAAAAAUUAUUGUGUUAUAAUAAAAAUAUUCAGUUUCAAUUAACGGCCAUGAUCCUUUGUUUCAGCACUAAUGAAAAGGAGGUAGCAUCAACAAGUGUUGAACAGUCUCCUGAAGAUUUAGAAGGAUACGUCUAUGGAGAACUUGUAGUGCUCGGAUACAAUGGUUCGCUUGGAAAUGGUAUGGACAAAGGAAGACGUCGUAAUAAAUUGUUACUAAAACGACGGUCCAAACCGUCUGGUGUGAAACCCUCUGUUAAACAUGAAGUGAAGAAUCCUCAACAGUGCGACCUGAUUAAGAAUACCUCUAAGCAUUCUGUUUCCUACACUUUAAACAGACAUCGUGCAGUUGUUGUACAGUAUGACCACGAUGAGAAAACAGAUAUGUUUCAAAUUGGCCGGUCUUCUGAGCCCCAAAUUGACCUUAUUGUUAUGGAUACAAUUCGAGGUGACGAAAGAUCGAAAUCAAAGACAGUUACUCAAUCUACGAUAUCUCGAUUCGCUUGUCGAAUACUUAUUGAACGAGAACCUCCUUUUAAGGCUAGAAUAUAUGCCGCCGGUUUUGAUAUAUCCCGUAAUAUUUUCCUUGGUGAGAAAGCAACAAAAUGGCAAACUGAAACAGACAUUGACGGCUUAACAACGAAUGGUAUUUUGAUAAUGCACCCAUCAAAGAUACCAGGUAGAACAAGUGUUUGGAGAGAGGUGUCAGUGGGAGGGGGAAUUUACGCACUCAGAGAAUCAAGAUCAACGCCUCAAAAAUCGAGUCUCAUACCAGGAGAAGACAACGUACUGCAGGACGGUACGCUCAUUGAUCUCUGCGGAGCAACAUUAUUGUGGCGUUCAUCAGCCGGCUUAUACAAUUCACCCAGCAGACGUGAAUUGGAAUCAAGGGUAGCCGAAAUGAAUGCCGGACGCCCACAAUGUCCUGUUGGUCUGAAUACGUUGGUUUUUCCAACUAAAGCAAAUGUAAAUAGUAUUGAUGGAGAACGUACGCCGCACGUUUAUAUGACCUGUGGUCACGUGCAUGGUCAGCACAGCUGGGAAGCCGAGGGAGACGGAAAAGAAAGAAGAACGUGCCCAAUGUGUAGAACGACUGGUCCGUUCGAAAAAUUACAAUUAGGCAUUGAAACGACAUUUUACGUAGAUAACGAACCCCCGACCCAUUGCUUUUAUCCCUGUGCUCAUAUGGCUUCAGAAAACACAGUCAAAUAUUGGUCGUCGAUACCAAUACCUCAUGGUUGCCAUGCAUUUCAAGCCGUCUGCCCGUUUUGUGCGACGCCUGUAAACUCAGAAACCGGCUACAUUCGUUUGAUCUUUCAAGAUCAUGUCGACUGAUUUUUUGUGUUGGCUAAAACGAAACUUUUUGCUUUUACUGUAGUUAUUGUUUUCUCAGAGAAAACCAAAAGAUACGAAAAAAAAGAGUUAAUUAUGACAUUUU